UUACUUAGUAUAUAUUUAAAGAAAUUAUUCAUCAUUAUUCAGUGACGUACUGGGUGUAUUAAUUUAUUUGACUGUAUUUAGAUAUGAUUGUUAUUUAAGUCAUAAGUUUCUUGGAAAUCAUUAAUGUGAUAUUUGCUAACUAUUUUCUACAAACUGUUUCAGUGGUAUAGCUUGUUAGGCUGUGUUUUCUUGAAAAUUAUUUACAAAUCUGAACACAUUUGUUUAGUGAAUAUAAUCUGGAUGCCUCUAAAAUGUCCUUCAUUGGGCAGAAGAAAUGUAGAUGAAAUUGUGGUAAAGGUAUAGUGGAGAAGAUAGAAUGAAAAUACGGGUGUAUAAUGUCGCGCACGGAGAACAUAUAUCAUUGCACUUACCGCUGAUCAUUGGUGAUAUCGAUUUUAAAACCGAUGAUGGUGAUAUUGAGGUGUGGAACUGUAGCAGACGAGAGAAAUUGGCGACAAAAUGGCCAGUUAUAGAAGGGGCAUUCAAAGUUUUAAUUCGAUUAAUACCAGGAGAAAAUGAUAUUAAUUUUAAAUACCAGGACGAGGUUCUUAAAUUAACUCUUGUUUUUACAUUCCCGCAUUUCAAGCAGUUUGUACGACCUGUAUAUAUUGUGUUAGCAGAUGACGAUGGAUACUUUCAGGGCCCAGAAGAUGAAGAUUGUUCCGUUGAUUCUGCCCUCGAAAGAAUCAAAAUUGGUGCUAUGCUUAUCCAGACGUUUACCGCGGAGAAGAUGAAGGAGCACGGGUUUGGUCGUCAGACAUUUCAGUUAGAGUGUGACGCAAAUUACGAACCAGUCUGUAAUGUGUUCAGAAGUAAAUUAACUUUAGAACGUGCACACACUAUGACCGGAAAUGAGCUGUGGACUCAUUUUGCACGAGAAUUGAUGACAUCAUCAAGUUUUACCGACAAAGAUCUCUCCAAAUGGUACUGCUUUAUGUCUUUCACGCGCUACGAACCUCCACCUUUAGAAACCCCAAAAACUCACAGUGAAAUUUUAAAAUACACUAAAGGACACACAGCCUUAGGAGGUGGUGGACUUGCACUUUUUGGAACGGGUAAUCUUCAUACAUGGGCAGCAAAAGUGAGUGAAAUCUACAGGCGCUUCACAGACACGCGGAAAAUUGACCGCACACAGCUUAUGGAUGACAGUGCCUAUAGAGAAUUCUACUGGGCGAACUAUGCCACUGGUCUUGGUGCUUCACUACAUGAAUUGGGCCAUACAUUUGAUCUCGCACACACACCCUCAGGAAUAAUGGCACGAGGAUUUGAUGACCUUCAUAAGGUGUUCACAGUUCAAAGGUCAAAGGUGACUAUACAGAAUGGGGAUCAUCGCUAUAGCAACCAUGAACGGUCACCUAGCAACAUUACCAUAGUGGAUGUAAAUGAAAGUCAAAAAGAGCAGAUAGAAGUGAAAGUAGUUAAAGUCAAAGAUAGCAGACGAUAUAAAGAUGUUUGCUAUGGAAGUCCAUUCAAAAGGCCAAUCAGAAGAAACAGCAGCAGUGGUAAUGUGUAUAUAGCUCCGCCUCCAGUUGUGUUCAAGGUUGAGAAAGGUUUCAAACCAGUGGCUUUCCAACAGACAGUCAAUAUAAGCAUGAAAAACUAUGAUGGUAGUGAAACACACCAGACAAUCACUAAGGACAGGAGCUAUGAGACUGUAACUGAAGUCACGCUUGGAGAAUCUGGUCAGUUGUUAGCAAAGACUUCAAAGAGAGAGAGACAUCCAAGUUCAGGUUCAAGUUGCAGUUCACUGUCACAUUCCUCGCAGUCGCCAACUCGCGUCAUUCCAUCCAGGCUUCCAAACUCUCCAACAGAAACAGAGCUCCAUCUUCCAAAAUUCCAGUAUGCUGAUGAUGGGGCGCAUUGGUACAGGGCCUCUGCUGUUUUACUUAGAUUUCAUAGGUGGUUUAAUAGAUUCAAUGUACGAGAGUCAAGGAAGAACAUGUCUAUAUGUGGGUCUCGUGUAAAGUCCAAUUUUGGUUUGCGACUGGUUGAGUUAAGAAGUGAUCCGGAAGGUGAAGUUUUCCACCACUGGGAAUUUCUGUCAGAAACUCCUCCAACAGAAUUUACGUUAAAAGAAUCUCGUGUCAAAAAUGUUCCAACAGAGGCCAAAACAGUGACUAUUCUAGCAGAAGAUAAUGUUGGCAAUGUACUGAAGAAAAAAGUGGAAUUGACGGACUUUGAAUCAUGAUGUUGUGUUUGUGUUUGUUGUAAAACUUGAGCUGUGAUCAUUUAUGUUUUAAGCUCGGCUGUUAGAUAUCGUACAGGUGGCUAAUGUUGCAAUAUGGAAAUUUUAGUGACUUGUGAGUCAGUUUGGAAAAUAUUCUCAGAUCAAAAUCAUGCAAAACGUUCAGCCAAUUAUUACUUCAAAAUAUGAUCAGUCCCAAUAUUGGCUUCUUAUUUUGAAAUUUUUUAAAUAAACUUGCUGGCUAUACUAUCAUACCAGUUUUUACCAAUUAAUUUAUGAGAAAACAUGUACAAAAUUCUUGCAUAUCGACUAAUUCUAUUGGACAGAUUUUAAAAUGAAAAUUGAUUAUCACACUGAAUACUUGUCAAAUAGCAUUUAGAGUCCAUCUUCCCUCUAGAGCCGCCUUUAGUUGUUCGUAUUUGAAACAUGUUUUUGUAAACAGCUAAAUAUUAUAGUUUUUCCUGUCCUGCCGUGCUAUUGAUUAUUUUUAAUUUUCUCCACUUUAGUUGCAUGAUCUUUGAAUAAUUUGAUGAAAAGUUAUUCCUAUCUUUUAUAGCAUGCCCCCAGUUGUUUGACUCAGUGGCAUUUACACUCAAAGAAACUGACAGCCUUGUAUCUUCAACUUACAUACCUCAAACCUUUGCUUAGCAAAAUUUUUAAAAUAUUUUUAUUGUUUUAUGCGUAUUAUAUUUAUAUUUUAUCCUGCUUUGUUUUUAGCUCACCUGAGCCACAUGUGGUUGGUGUGAGCUAUUUUUUGUGAUCACUCAGCAUCUGUCUUACAGUCCCUCCGUCAUCAGUCACCAUUUAAAUCUUAAUAAAAUAUGUAGGCCAACCUAGCAGAAAUGUUUCUUGGGUGACUAUCAAAAUUGAUACUUGUUGGAGCUGGGAAAUGCAGGUGAGCGAACUUGGGCUGUCAUGGCCCUCUUGUACAUUUAUAGUUUUAGUUAUCGCAUUUUAACCGGGUAUUUUAUGAUAUUUCAAUUCAUGUUGGUAAAAUGUUGUGAUAAAAUAGUUUUUAUAGAAAUUUUUAUUUUGUUUACGGAAUGUGAUCAACUCUAUCAGUGUAUUGUAAUUUUAUAUUGUUAUGAUAUUCUUAAAAUUUAAAUCUUUAAAUGACAUGUUUAGUACUUGAAAACAGCAACAUUUUAUUACAUUGGAAACUAAAUGAAAUCUUACUCUGCUAAAAUUAUACAUGUUGAUGUAAUUUGAAUAUUUGUUUGAUGAUAUUUUGAUUAUAAAAAGAAUUCAUUCAAUGGCAACCUUAAUUUUAUAUGCUCAUUUGGAAAAAAACCAGACAUAUUAUGAAAAGGGGAAGUUUGUCCAUCUGCCAACAUUUUCCUUUCCAGAUUCUAGGUCAGAAAGCUACAUGUUUCAGAUUUUACAGAAAGACUUAGCACCACUUGAAGAGGAUCCCUUUUGUUUUGGUGGCCAGAAGAUCAAGGUCACAUUUACCCGGACACUAAAAAUGGUUUCCGGACUCUAACUAUGAAAUAAAACAUCUACAGCUUUCAAACGUCACAGAGUGAUUGAGUCCUGCCUAGGGAAGAUCCCUAUUGGUUUAGGGGUCAUUGGCUCAAAGGUCAGGUCACAAGGAUCUGACUAAAUUUCUGGUUAUUAUUUCACUUUCAGGCUGUAAGUCACAAAGUAUAUUACAUACAGCGUUCAGACUUUACUUGAUGACUAAGCACUGCUUGGGAGAGGAUUUUUUUUUCAAGAUCAAGGUUACAGUAACCUGGAGACUGAAAAGGGUUUCCAGCCUGUAAAUCAUUAACAGCUUUGUCUUUCAAACUUAACGCAAUGGACAAGUACCACUGUUGGAAGAUAACUAUUGAUUUUUGGGAUAGCGAUUAAGUCAAGGUUACAGGGAUCUCUUGUUAUUGUGCCCCCCCAUGAGUGGUGGGGGCAUAUAGAUUUGGUCUUGUCCGUGCAUCCGUCCGUCUGUCCGAAGUUCGUGACACGCCUUGCUCGAAAAGUAUUUGAUACAAAUUGAUGAAACCUUGCAUGAGUGUUUAUCAUGAUACGAACUUGCGCACCUCCUAUUUUUCGUCUGCCUCCGCCCCCUAUUUUCAGAGUUAUGGCCCCUGAAAUAGUCAAAAAUGCACAUUUUCACCUUGUGACACGCCUAGCUCAAAAAGUGUUUGAUAUAAAUUGAUGAAACCUUGCAUGAAUCUUAAUCAUGAUAUUAACUUGCGCACCUCCUAUUUUUCAUCUGGCUCCGCCCCCUAUUUUCAUAGUUAUGUCCCCUGAAAUAGUCAAAAAUGCACAUUUUCACCUUGUGACAUGCAUAGCACAAAAAGUAUUUGAUAUAGAUUCAUGAAAAACUUGCAUGAGUCUUAAUCAUGAUAUGAACUUGGGCACCUCCUAUUUUUCGUUUGGGUCCGCCCCCUAUUUUUAGCUCACCUGAGCACAAAGUGCUCAGGGUGAGGUAUUGUGAUCGCUCACCGUCCGGCGUCCGUCCGUCCGUCCGUCCGUUGUACGUCCGUCCGUUGUACGUCCGUCCACACUUUCCUUUAAACAACAUCUCCUCCUAAACCAACAGGCCAAUUUUGAUGAAACUUCACAGGGAUGUUCCUUUGAUGGCCCCCUUUCAAAAUUGUUCAAAGAAUUGAAUUCCAUGCAGAACACUGGUUGCCAUGGCAACCGAAAGGAAAAACUUUAAAAAUCUUCUUCUCAAAAACCAGAAGCCCUAGAGCUUAGAUAUUUGGUGUGAAGCAUUGCCUAGUGGACCUCUACCAAGUUUGUUCAAAUCAUGACCCCGGGGUCAAAAUUGACCCCGCCCCAGGGGUCACUUGAUUUUACAUAAGAAAAUCUUAAAAAAUCUUCUUCUCAAAAACCAGAAACCUUAGAGCUUAGAUAUUUGACAUGUAGCAUUGCCUAGUGGACCUCUACUAAAAUUGUUCAAAUCAUGACCCUGGGGUCAAAAUUGACCCCGCCCCAGGGGUCACUUGAUUUUACAUAGGAAAAUCUUCAAAAAAUUUCUAAAAAUAAACCAGAAGGCCUAGAGCUUAGAUAUUUCACAUGUAGCAUUGCCUAGUGGACCUCUACAAAAUUUGUUCAAAUCAUGGCCCCCGGGGUCAAAAUUGACCCCGCCCCAGGGGUCACUUGAUUUUACAUAGGAAAAUAUUUAAAAAAUCUUCUUCUCAAAAACCAGAAGCCCUAGAGCUUAGAUAUUUGACAUGUAGCAUUGCCUAUUGGACCUCUACUAAAGUUGUUCAAAUUAUGACCCGGGGGUCAAAAUUGACCCCGCCCUAGGGGUCACUUGACUUUACAUAAGAAAAUCUUCAAAAGUUUUCUAAAAAUAAACCAGAAGGCCUAGAGCUUAGAUAUUUCACAUGUAGCAUUACCUAGUGGACCUCUACAAAAUUUGUUCAUAUCAUGACCCCCUGGGUCAAAAUUGACCCAGCCCCAGGGGUCACUUGAUUUUACAUAGGAAAAUCUUCAAAAUUUUCUAAAAAUAAACUAGAAGGCCUAGAGACUAGAUAUUUGACAUGUAGCAUUGCCUAGUGGACCUCUACAAAAUUUGUUCAAACCUUGUCCCCCGGGGUCAAAAUUGACUCCGCCCUAGGGGUCACUUGAUUUUACAUAGGAAAAUCUUAAAAAAAAAUUCUAAAAAUAAACCAGAAGGCCUAGAUCUUAGAUAUUUGACAUGUAGCAUUGCCUAUUAGACUUUUACAAAGUUUAUUCAAAUCAUGACCCCUGGGGUCAAAUUGACCCUGCCCCAUGGGGUUACUUGAUUGUACAUAGAAAAAUCUUCAAAAUUUUCUAAAAAUAAACCAGAAGAGCUUAGAUAUUUGACAUGUAGCAUUGCCUAGUGGACCUCUACAAAAAGUUUUCAAAUCUUGUUUUAAAGUUACUUAAAGAAAAUUUCAACUAUAUUUUCUCAUAAUUCUUUUGAUUGAUUUCUAUUAUGAUCUUUUGACCUUGAAGACUUGUCCUUAAGUGCAAUGAUAACAGGUGAGCGAUAUAGGGCCAUCAUGGCCCUCUUGUUAGAGUUAUGGCCCCUGAAAUAGUCAAAAAUACACAUUUUCACCUUGUGAUGCACCUAACUCAAAAGUAUUUAAUAUAAAUGGUUGAAAACUUGCAUAAGUCUUUAUCAUGAUAUAAACUUGCACACCUCUAAUUUUUUGGCUGGCUCCAACCCCUAUUUUUAAAGUUACGGCCCCUGAAAUAGUAAAAAAAUGCACUUUUUCACCUAAUUAUGUGCCUAGCUCGAAAAGUAUCAAAUCUAAAUUCAGGAAACCUUGCUAGAGUCUUUAUUUUGAUGUGAGCUUGCACACUUGGCAUUCUUCUUGAGAAUCUUAGCUUUUAUUACAGAGUUAUGGCCCGUGAAAUAACCAAAAUAGUGGAUUUUUUGUUUGUGAUGCUCAUAGCUCAAAAAGUAAAGGGCCUAUAAUAAUGAAUCCUUUUCAUAAAAUGAUUGUUGAGGCUAUACCCCAUUAAGACUGCAAACAUUUGAAUUAUUGGCCCUCAUUUAUGACAAAUGUACCAGUGGGGGGCACACCCUGUGUCCUACAGACACAUUCUAGUUUUACUUUAAGUUUCUUGAUACUGUGUCUAAGUAUCGCCCAUCCACAUCCUGCACACCCUGCCCAAUACCCCUCAACACAUCACAAAAUACAUAGGUAUUUUUAAUGCCAGGUUUUUUCUGCCCUGUCCGAGUGUGCUUGUAAAUGGGCAUUUUAUGCCCUGUUAGGCAGGGCUCUGGUUUAGUUUUGUAUUACUUUUUGUCUAAGAGCCCCAUGUGGUUCUGGGACAAUCUGUGUAUGAAAAGAAUGGGAACCAUUGUUUUACCCUUGCAUGAUUGUAAGAGGCGACUAAUAGGGUCUUAACACUUGGUUUUGUUGUAACUAUGUGAUUCCAGCAGGUAUAAAAAUUUUGAUUCCAUUGCUCAUGUUUUUAUUUCAAUGUAAGUGAGAUGUGAAACCAAAAUUUUUAGUCCUGUUUGGCGCCAUAUAACCUAUACUGUAUUGGUGCGCCGUAAAACCCAAUUCAAAUCAAAUUUUGUCUUUAGAAUUGAUUGUUAAUAUCUGAUAUGCCUGUGCUUAUACCCCAUAUCCCGGUACUGGUAGAAUUAUUUUAUUUUAGCUCAAUUGAACCGAGGGUUCAAGGUGAUGUGUGGAUUGUCUGGCAUCCAUUUUCCUACUUUUUACUUAAAUAUCUUUUGUUCUGAAAGUACUAAUUAGAAUUACACCAAACUUGGCAUGAGGUAUCCUGGGAAUGACUUUUUCUCAAAUUUGUUCAAAUGGUUAAGUUUGAUUGCAAUAAGGGACCAUCAGAACUUAGUCUAAAAAUAGGAAAAAAAACUCUGUAAACAACCUCCUGUCAUGAAUCGCUUGGCGGAAUUUAACUUAAUUUGUCAAAAGCAGUGUCAAGGUCAGGUGACAGACUUAGAUCCUCUUGAAAUGAUGCUUCUUUUACAAGUACUUCAGAAUUUAAAUCCAUAUUUUAUUGACACUAUUUCAAGAUUUGAUUGCUUAUUGUUGAGCAGCACACACAGGAUUUUAAACAUAAAAAUAUGCCUUUGUCUUGUCAACUUCUUUCUUCAACACUUCACAAUACUUCCAGGUAAUUUAACACUGUUUUGUAUAGAAUGACGAUCUGUUUGGACAAGACCUAGUCAAAAACAUACAGGAUGAGCUAUGAUGCAAGUUCAGUUUGUUUUUCUGCUGUACUCGAGUGUAAAUAUAUCCCUUAUUGUUCAGGAAAAUUUAAAAUAUUUUUUUAAGGCAUAUUAGUUUUCAACUGUCCGUCCAUUAGUUCGUUCGUUCGUUAGUUUGUUUGUCACGUCAACUUUUUGCAUGAAGGCAAUUUACUUGUGGACCACUGCACCCAGGACCUUCAAACUUCACAUGCUGAUAGUACUUAAUGAGUGCACGACCCCUACUGACUUUGGGAUCACCAGGUCAAAGGUCAAGGUCACAGGGGCCAAUGUUAACUUUUUGCAGGAAGGCACUUUACUCGCGGACCACUGCACCCAGGACCUUCAAACUUCACUUGCUGAUAGUACUUAUUGAGUACACGACCCCUACUGACUUUGGGAUCACCAGGUUAAAGGUCAAGGUCACAGGGGCCAAUGUUAACUUUUCGCAUGAAGGCACUUUACUCGCGGACCACUGCACCCAGGACCUUCAAACUUCACUUGCUGAUAGUACUUUAUGAAUACAUUACCCCUGCUGACUUUGGGGUCACCAGGUCAAAGGUCACAGGGGUCAAUGUUAUUUUUUUGCAUGAAGGCACUUUACUUGCGAACCACUGCACCCAGGACCUUCAAACUUCACCAGCUGAUAGUACUUAUUGAGUACACAAUCCCUACUGACUUUGGGGUCAAAGGUCAAAGUCACAGGGGCCAAUGUUAACUUUUUUGCAUGAAGGCACUUUACUCACAAACCACUGCAUUCAGGACCUUCAAACUUCACAUGCUGAUAGUACUUAUUGACUACACGACCCCUAUUGACUUUGGGGUCACCAGGUUAAAGAUCAAGGUCACCAGGUCAAAGGUCAAGGCGCUGCGGGGGCAUUUGUCACCAUUAGUGACAGCUCUUUGUUUUUUUAUUCUUUGCUUUUCUGUGUAAAAAUGAAAAACAGUUCACAUAGGCACAAUUCCAUCUAUAUUCCAAGUGUUAGAAACAGAUAAUAAUCCUUCAGUUAAACUGAAAAAUUCCAGGGUAGGGUAGCUGGUGUGAUUAUAUAAAGUACUCCCACCUAUAAGGUGGGGAACCAAUCAGUGUUGGUAAUGCCCUGCUUAUCCUGUAUGGUCAUUAUAUGCAGGGAACCAUACCUGCUCUGCUGUCAGGGAAGAUAUGGUUGGUAGUUACUAUUACUUUACCUGAACUUGCUCAGAAAGAGCACAGCAUGACAUGUUUAUUGACCUUGAACUUCAUAUUGAUUCUUAUAUCAGUUGUUGGCUUUUAUCGUUUACUUAACAUCGUAAUUCAUGCCAGUUUUGCAUUGCAAUAUGGUAAUUGCGCUUCUGUAUGGAGUACAUUUUAUCUAAUGUAGAAAUAUAUUGUAUGGUCACUUGCUGAUUGGAAGACAAAAUAGGUAUAGAAUAAAAUGCACGUGUUACAACCUAUAUAAAGUAAUAAACAGAUGGUGCAACAUAUUUUUUAGAUUCACAGAGUUGGUAUUAUUUCAGUAAUGCUGAUUAACAUUUUAUAUUUGAUUAAAAUUGUGUGCUAUUAUAUCCAGUUAUUGCAUUUGAUAGUCCAUGUAUAAAUAUGCUAUAUAUCUCCCUAAUAGAGUGAAAUAUUAUAAAAGGCAGUGUGCACUAUAUGCUGUAUCUAAAAAAAAAGUGUUUAGUAUUUAUUACAUGAUUUACAGUGAAAAAACCUUGUUACUGGCAUUCCAGCCCAUGUGCAUUAUUAUACAAACAUGCACAUUAUUUGAUGGGUUCAUAUAGACUGGGGCAAUACAACUUUUUUUGUAUUGCCCAGUCAAAUACAACCUUUAGUUUUUUCUGAAGCAUAAUUUGUAUUGCAAGUCAGAUUAUCUUUUGACAUGAAUUAGAUUUAAACAAAAAAAUAAAAACCAACUGAAAAUGAUAUGUAAUAAAAUUGGUCAAUGCUCAAUGUGUUGUAUUGGCCCUCGGCAUACGGGCUUGGUCCAUAACAGACCUUGGAUGUAAUGAAUUUCAGAACAUUUUUAUGCCCCCAAAGGGAGGCAUAUUAGUUUUCAACUGUCCUUCCGUCAGUUCGUUCGUUCGUUAGUCACAACGUUAACUUUUUGCAUGAAGGCACUUUACUCACGAACCACUGCACCCAGGACCUUCAAACUUCAUAUGCUGAUAGUACUUAUUGAGUACACCACCCCUACUGACUUUGGGGUCACCACAUCAAAGGUCAAGGUCACAGAGGCCAACAUUAACUUUUUGCAUGAAGGCACUAUACUCGCGAACCACUGCACCCAGGACCUUCAAACUUUACAUGCUGAUAGUACUUAUUGAGUACACCACCCCUACUGACUUUGGGGUUACCAGGUCAAAGGUCACGGUCACAGAGGCCAACGUUAACUUUUUGCAUGAAGGCACUUUACUCGCGAACCACUGCACCCAGGACCUUCAAACUUCACUUGCUGAUAGUAUUUAUUGAGUACACCACCCCUACUAACUUUGGGGUCACCAUGUCAAAGGUCAAGGUCACAGGGGUCAAUGUUAACUUUUUGCAUGAAGGCACUUUACUCGCAAACCACUGCACCCAGGACCUUCAAACUUCACAUGCUGAUAGUACUUAUUGAGUACACCACCCCUACUGACUUUGGGGUCACCAUGUCAAAAGUCAAGGUUACAGGGGCCAACUUUAACUUUUUGCAUGAAGGCACUUUACUCGCGAACCACUGCACCCAGGACCUUCAAACUUCACAUGGUGAUAGUACUUAUUGAGUACACCACCCCUACUAACUUUGGGGUCACCAUGUCAAAGGUCAAGGUCACAGGGGUCAAUGUUACCUUUUUGCAUGAAGGCACUUUACUCGCGAACCACUGCACCCAGGACCUUCAAACUUCACAUGCUGAUAGUACUUAUUGAGUACACCACCCCUGCUGACUUUGGGGUCACCAUGUCAAAAGUCAAGGUCACAGGGGCCAACGUUAACUUUUUGUAUGAAGGCACUUUGCUCGCGAACCACUGCACCCAGGACCUUCAAACUUCACAUGCUGAUAGUACUUAUUGAGUACACCACUCCUACUAACUUUGGGGUCACCAGGUCAAAGUCACAGGGGUCAAUGUUGAUUUUUUGCAUGAAGGCACUUUACUCGCGAACCACUGCACCCAGGACCUUCAAACUUCACUUGCUGAUAGUAUUUAUUGAGUACACCACCCCUACUAACUUUGGGGUCACCAUGUCAAAGGUCAAGGUCACAGGGGUCAAUGUUAACUUUUUGCAUGAAGGCACUUUACUCGCAAACCACUGCACCCAGGACCUUCAAACUUCACAUGCUGAUAGUACUUAUUGAGUACACCACCCCUACUGACUUUGGGGUCACCAUGUCAAAAGUCAAGGUUACAGGGGCCAACUUUAACUUUUUGCAUGAAGGCACUUUACUCGCGAACCACUGCACCCAGGACCUUCAAACUUCACAUGGUGAUAGUACUUAUUGAGUACACCACCCCUACUAACUUUGGGGUCACCAUGUCAAAGGUCAAGGUCACAGGGGUCAAUGUUACCUUUUUGCAUGAAGGCACUUUACUCGCGAACCACUGCACCCAGGACCUUCAAACUUCACAUGCUGAUAGUACUUAUUGAGUACACCACCCCUGCUGACUUUGGGGUCACCAUGUCAAAAGUCAAGGUCACAGGGGCCAACGUUAACUUUUUGUAUGAAGGCACUUUGCUCGCGAACCACUGCACCCAGGACCUUCAAACUUCACAUGCUGAUAGUACUUAUUGAGUACACCACUCCUACUAACUUUGGGGUCACCAGGUCAAAGUCACAGGGGUCAAUGUUGAUUUUUUGCAUGAAGGAACUUUACUUGCGAACCACUUCACCCAGGACCUUCAAACUUCACUUGCUGAUAAUACUUUAUGAGUACACCAACCCUACUGACUUUGGGGUCACCAGGUCAAAGGUCAAGGUCACAGGGACCAACGUUAACUUUUUGCACGAAGGCACUUUACAUGCAAACCACUUCAUUCAGGACCUUCAAACUUCACAUGCUGAUAGUACUUAUUGAGUACACCACCUCUACUGACUUUGGGGUCACCAGGUCAAAGGUCAAGGUGCUGCAGGGGCAUUUGUCACUAUUAGUGACAGCUCUUGUUUUAUUUUGUUUAUCAUCAUUUUAAAAACCUACAUUUGAAAAUGGAGAAUAAUGUAGUAUUGAUUUUGAAUGUAGAAUAAAGGAACACUUUGAGUUGUUAGAGUAAAAUAACUUUUACAUUUUAUCGUUUGUCUAUAUAGUUUUACAGAGCAAAUACAAAAAUGUUUUAUCAAUAAAACUUGUUUAAACA